AUGUCUAGAGAUCGUCCAGGAGCAGAAUGUCAAAAGCUAUAUUUUCAUCUUAAAGACAAACACUUGUAUACUACUACUUGUCUAGAGAUUAUUUUGGAGCUGGUUAUGAAGUUCAAGGGCAACCACAAGGAUGACUUAAAAUGUUUCUCUGAUAUGAUCACAUGGUAUAUCCAGUUGUUGAGAUACAGAAAAGCAAAGAUGAGUCGAGGAGCAGUAGCGAAGAGGGGAAAGAAGAAGAUUGCGACAUUCGUUAUUGAUUGCGGGAAGCCUGUUGAGGACAAGAUUAUGGAAAUUGCGUCAUUAGAGAAAUUCCUUCAGGAGAGAAUUAAAGUCGGCGGCAAGGCUGGUAACCUUGGAGACUCCGUUACCAUUUCCCGUGAAAAGAACAAGAUCUUCGUCACUUCCGACAGCAACUUCUCGAAAAGGCAAUAA